AUGCCGAGGUCCUUCCUAGUGAAGAGCAAGAAAGCGCACAGCUACCACCAGCCCCGCUCCGCCGAUGAGGACUACAGCCUGCGGCUGGAGACGGUGUUAGCCCAGAUCUGCGCAGAGAGCCUGGCAUCAAACCUUGGUGGGAGUGGGGCCCCUUCCCAGGGGCAAUUCUCCCCGGAAUCCCACCUUACCGAAGCUGCCGAUGGUACUUCCGAGUCAGCGCCCAGCUGCGAGGGCAGUGUUUGUGACAGGGUGUCCGAAUUUGAGGAUUUCUGGAGACCUCCCUCGCCUUCCGUGUCGCCAGCCUCAGAGCGAUCUGUGUGUCCGUCCCUAGAUGAAGCAACCCCCUUCUCGGUGCCCUUCAAACCAUACAUGUGGAACAGCCUGGGUGGCUCCGAGCUGAGGCACCUUGUGCAAAGCUACAGACCCUGCCCUACGCUGGAGCGAACCUCAGCCCUGGGGCUCUUCUGUGAGCGAGCCUCUGAGUCUGCCCUCUAUGGUGCAGAGUGCAGCUCUUCCCUAGGACUUUAUGGUGACUUCAGCUCCCCUGGCUCAGGGCUGUUUGAGCGACCGCCAGCAGCAGCACCUGGACUCUAUGCCGAGACGCAGCCUGGGCUACAGCAAGAGAAGAGUCCAGGUGGUAUCAAAGUGGAGUCAGACCUCUUGUGCCGCCCACUGCUCAUUACCACUGGCUCUUACAAGUGUGUCAAGUGCAGCAAGGUAUUCUCCACACCACAUGGCCUUGAGGUACAUGUGCGCCGCUCACACAGUGGCACAAGGCCCUUUGCCUGUGACAUGUGUGGCAAGACCUUCGGCCAUGCAGUCAGCCUGGAGCAACACAAGGCUGUGCACUCACAGGAACGCAGCUUUGAUUGUAAGAUUUGUGGCAAGAGUUUUAAGAGAUCGUCUACUCUGUCCACCCACUUGCUCAUCCACUCAGACACCCGGCCUUAUCCAUGCCAGUACUGUGGGAAGCGGUUCCACCAGAAAUCCGAUAUGAAGAAACACACCUUCAUUCACACAGGUGAGAAGCCUCACAAGUGCCAGGUGUGUGGGAAAGCCUUUAGCCAGAGCUCCAACCUCAUCACUCACAGUCGGAAGCACACAGGCUUCAAGCCCUUUGGCUGUGAUCUGUGUGGCAAAGGCUUCCAACGCAAGGUGGAUUUGCGGAGACACCGUGAGACACAGCAUGGCCUGAAAUGA